AUGCCGCUGGGAUACGGUAUGUUCUACUGUCAGUGGUGGCUGACUCGAUUAUUCAACACAGCACGAUCCCACAACUUCAUACCCCCUCAUUUCUCGACCAUAGACCAUAUUGUCGUCGUCCUUCGAGAUGAUGUCGACGCCCGCCGUUUGCCCCGAGUCCCUCCCCCGGAAUUUCGCGUCAUGUACGUCCCAGACCCCCGUGUCUCGUUUGUUAUGAUCUUCUCGGAGGCGGAGUUCCAGUUGUGGAAGUUGACGGCUGAAUUCCCCACGCUCUAUCCGUAUGAAUCCUCUGGGUCUGACUUUAGCGGAGAGAGGGAGGACGUGAAGAAGGCGGAGAAUGAAAAGAAGAAGCAGGAUGUUCCGAAAGCUUCUAGUGUUAAGGAUACAUCUGCCACCCUUGCAGAGUCCGACAUACCUGUGAUUAUUCCCCUUCAAACUGCGACUCAGCGCGCGUUUGAGAUUUUUCGACGAAUUGCUUUGCAGCAAGCUUUGCGGCAAACAGGAUUCGAAGACGGAAGUGGAGGUGGAAAUGAGAACGGACUUGGUCAAGAUCAUGCGGGCGACAAGAUCACUACAGCGGGCGAUACGAUCACAAACAAUACUGUCGUUGAUGAGAGUGCGAGUGCUGCUGAUCCUCCCCCUUCGCCGAAGACAGAUCUGAACCCUGGGGGGAAAGCCUGCAUUCAAGCCACCUGCUUGUCCGAAGAGCAAGGUUGUGCGACGGUUCAUUUUCAAGCGGCUUAUGAACGAGACUCGUCGGGGUCGCCGAGUGGAAAGAGAAAUGCACUAGGGAUCGCUGGUGGAAUAUUUCUCUUCGGAGAUGGUUUUGAUCUUUUUGUAUCUACUGCAAUGUUCGCACGUCAUUUAUGUCCAAGUUAG